UAAUGGCGGAGCUGGUGCAGGGGCAGAGCGCUCCGGUGGGGAUGAAGACCGAGGGCUUCGUGGACGCCCUGCACCGGGUCCGGCAGAUCGCUGCUAAAAUUGACUCGCUUCCUCACCUGAACAACUCCGCGCCUCUGGUGGACCCCUCGGUGUACGGGUACGGAGUGCAGAAACGGCCCUUGGAUGACGGAGUAGGUAACCAGUUAGGGGCCUUGGUACAUCAAAGGGCAGUAAUAACGGAAGAAUUCAAAGUGCCUGAUAAAAUGGUUGGCUUUAUUAUUGGCAGGGGAGGUGAGCAGAUUUCACGGAUUCAAGCCGAAUCUGGUUGCAAAAUUCAGAUUGCUUCAGAGAGUUCUGGGAUUCCAGAGAGGCCCUGUGUACUUACCGGAACCCCAGAAAGUAUUGAACUAGCCAAGCGGCUCCUGGGGCAGAUCGUGGACCGCUGUCGGAACGGACCCGGCUUUCACAGCGACGCGGACGGCAGCAGCACGGUGCAGGAGGUCCUCAUCCCUGCGUCUAAAGUGGGGCUGGUCAUCGGCAAAGGCGGGGAGACCAUCAAGCAGCUGCAGGAGCGGACGGGGGUGAAGAUGGUCAUGAUCCAGGACGGCCCGUUGCCCACGGGAGCAGACAAGCCUCUUCGCAUGACGGGAGACCCGUUCAAAGUACAGCAAGCACGAGAAAUGGUGUUAGAGAUCAUCCGAGAGAAAGACCAAGCCGACUUUCGAGGGGUGCGCGGUGACUUCGCCUCCCGCCCGGGAGGAGGCAGUAUGGAGGUGUCUGUGCCUAGGUUUGCUGUUGGGAUUGUAAUAGGAAGAAAUGGGGAAAUGAUCAGAAAGAUCCAGAAUGACGCUGGUGUGAGGAUUCAGUUCAAACCAGACGAUGGUAUUAGUCCAGAGAGAGCGGCCCAGGUCAUGGGGCCCCCCGACCGAUGCCAACACGCGGCCCACGUCAUCAACGAGCUUAUCCUUACAGCCCAGGAGAGAGACGGCUUUGGAGGCCUUGCCGUGGCCAGAGGACGAGGCCGUGGCCGUGGCGACUGGAGCCUGGGAACCCCUGGUGGCAUCCAGGAGAUAACCUACACAGUGCCCGCAGACAAGUGUGGCCUCGUCAUCGGCAAAGGAGGCGAGAACAUCAAAAGCAUAAACCAGCAGUCGGGGGCCCACGUGGAGCUGCAGCGGAACCCCCCUCCCAACACGGACCCCGGCCUGCGGAUAUUCACCAUCAGGGGGAUUCCUCAGCAGAUCGAGGUGGCCAGACAUCUCAUAGACGAGAAAGUUGGGGGCCCCGGCCUCGGAGCACCUGGAGCCUUCGGACAGAGCCCCUUCAGCCAGCCUCCUGCGGCCCCUCACCAAAACACCUUCCCUCCGAGGAGCUCAGGGUGCUUCCCGAACAUCGCUGCUAAAGUCAACGGAAACCCCCACAGCGCCCCCGUGAGUGGCCCUCCGGCCUUCCUGACCCAGGGCUGGGGCAGCACCUACCAGGCGUGGCAGCAGCCGGCGCAGCAAGUCCCAGGCCAGCAGAACCAGCCACAGAGCAGCCAGCCGGACUACAGCAAGGCCUGGGAAGACUACUACAAGAAGCAGAGUCACGCCGCCGGUGCCGCUCCUCAGGCCGGCUCCCCGCCGGACUACACGCUGGCCUGGGCGGAGUACUACCGACAGCAGGCCGCCUUCUACGGGCAGACGCUGGGGCAGGCGCAGGCCCACAGCCAGGAGCACUAGGACAGCGCCUGCGGACCCCCGAAGUCAUCGUGAACAGGAACCUGUUUGUAACGGAGGUUUUUAGAUUUGCAAACAUUUUGAUGAAGAACCUUUGUUUUGUUCUGUGAAACACUAUUAACAGAAUUUUUCUAAAAAUCGGGAAAUUAGUCACUAAACUUGCUGAUAAUUUUUGUUAUUUCAAACGUGGAAGCUCUGGCAUUUUUUUGGAGCAGUAUCUGCAAAUUCAGGCAGAGAAUGUGCCUCAUAACAGAGACAUUUCAACUGAUAAUGUUUGUAUUUUUGUUUUGUUUUGGGUUUUUUUGCGUGUCUUUUUAUUUACAGUUUCUGUUGCAACAGAAAGUGGCUUGGAAGUCUUAGGUGGUAUGUAACAAAUUAUUUUUAAAAAUUUUUAAACAAUAUUUAAAUGUUCUUAAAUGUGUAAAUUCAUUAAAUGUUUUACUUCUAAUUUCUUGUACUUUUGGCUGUCUGAUUUUAUUGCAUUUUUUAAAAAAACUGAGCUAUUAUGUAUUGUAAUUAAUUAUGUGAAUUCUGAAUUAAGACAGAAUUGUAUUGCUGUCCAUCAGGGCCUGGGAGGGGCGUUUUAUGGGGUUUGUAUAAUUUCUAGAGUUACGAGGGUAAUAUAAAAAUGUGUUCACGUGUCUAGCAUGUGUUUUCAUGUCUCCAUUGCCUUUGAAAUUGUGUAUCUAAGACCUCCAAGCUUGUUUUAAAAACAAAACAAAAAACCUUUUUCUCUAUUCUCAGAAAUAUACUGUUAUUUUUUAAUAUUAAAAAGAAAUUCAAUAUAACUUUUAACACUGUGGAACAUUAAACUGCAUAAAAGUGUAGUAACUAUUUUUUAAUUCCAAAGCAUUCUUUGCUUUUUUCUUUUAAAUAUUUUUUAAUAUUUGUCAGAUUAACUAGAUGAAUAAAUAAAUCUAGUAUUAACCACAAUAUGAAUUAAAUAAUUUUGAUUUAAUAAAAGGGAUAAUAUUUCCAGUGUUUACUGUAGCCAUGUACCCUGUACAGAUAACGUGUAUUUUUAAAGGAAAGAAAAACAGACUUGAAGCUAUUUUUUCUUGCAUUUUUAAUUGACCUGGGAGACAUUCCGUUUGAAAUGUACUAAAGUUACAGUUUGUUUUUUCUUGUUUUCCUUAUAAAUGCUUGAAAUGUCUAACUAUUAAAAAAGGUCGUUGGAAAUCUUA